UUGCUCGUAUUUACGAAACUCUGCGUUCGUGCAAUCGCUACACCUUCAAAUCCAGGCCCUCUGAGAUAAGAUUUGUCACCACUCCGGUAGCCGAGCUCCUUCCAGCUCCACAAUGCUUUCUCGGAGUGUGUUAGUGACAGGGAGCAACAGGGGGUUGGGACUGGAGCUUGUUAAACAAAUUUCAGCAAGUUCAACGCCCCCAGAAAUUAUCAUAGCUGCUUGCAGGGACCGGGAAAAGGCUACUAGUCUUCAAGCAGUUGCAGCAAAACACCAAAAUAUGCAUAUUGUGGAAAUUGAUGUCAGUGAUGAAGCUUCAUACAAAACAUUUUUUGAAGAUGUGGAAAAAAUUGUGAGCCCCAAAGGUCUUAGUCUCCUAAUCAACAAUGCAGGGGUUGCUCCAAAAUCAACACGUAUUAAUAUGGUUAAAUGGAAGCAGAUGAUGGAUACUUUUAGUGUCAAUACAGUUGCUCCACUUAUGUUAACAAAGACCCUCAGAGCUCUGUUGACUAUGGCAGCAUCACAGACACAAGGAAAUGACCUCUCUGUAAGACGAGCUGCUGUUAUCAAUAUGUCCUCUAUUCUAGGCUCCAUUGCAGACAAUGAUCAAGGUGGUUUAUACCCCUACAGGGCAAGCAAGGCAGCAUUAAAUGCUGUCACCAAAUCUUUGAGUGUUGACCUACGAGGUUCCAACAUUUUGGUUACAAGCAUACAUCCUGGUUGGGUAAAGACUGACAUGGGAGGCAAGAAUGCACCUCUGACUGUAGAAGAAAGUAUAUCAGGAAUAAUCAGUACUCUUCACAGCUUGAAUGAGGAACAUAAUGGAGAGUUUGUACAGUAUGAUGGCAAAAAACUUCCAUGGUAAAUAAGGUUAAGUUACAAACCAAAAUAAAUGUGCAAGACAUCAAAGGUUUUAUAGCACUAUAGAAAGGUGUAAUAGUGAAAAGAGUAAUGAGGGGGAUUGUUGAUAAUUAAAUGCUACACAUCACAAAUCGUAUUGCAGUUCAGGAAGGUAUGGAUUAAUAAAGGUGAUUUGAUCAAAGUUGUCAAAGAAAGAAGUGUUGGAUUUUGCAAGGGUGUCCAUAGGGUAAGUUAGGGAUUAGCAAAGGAUAAGGGAGGCUUAAGGCUGAUUAGAUCAGUUUCAGGAAAAAUGCCAGGACAGAGAGAAUCCAGGGAAAGGGUCAGAUUCUGGGGGAAGUGGAAGGGAUAAUGGGGGAGGAAGAGAUGAUCAUGACAGGCACUAAGUCAGUCAUUCAUCCUUUCGACAUAGCUGUCACACCUUAGGAAGUGGAUGGUAGAAGGGGUUGGAGAAAAGGAAACAAAGGGGAAGAGGAAAAGACCAUGUAAAUUUAGUCAAGUCGAAGGCUGAGGCCCAAGGCAGGGGUGAUCCUCAGUAUUAGGUCUCUUUCUCUUAAGACCCCCCCUCCACAUGGCAACAACAGGCAUGGGAUGGAGUGGGGCACAAUAGAAUAGGUUGGGAACUACUGAAUCAGAACUACACAAUAAAGUAUCUAUAUGUUGGGUCUGAGGGGGGUAUCUACCCAUAAGUUUGAUGGAUUUAUCACAUUGAUAUGUUUAUCCAUAUUUAUAAUAUCUCAGUAGAUUAGUGUACUUCAAUUUAUUCUUGACUAUUACUUGGUAACAUUCUUUGGCCCUGAAUGGGGAAAAAAAAUCAGGGAGCUGUGCCUUCUGUGAAUAAAGAGUGACCUUGGGUAAUAUUUAUCCUUAAAAUUAAGUAGAACAAGUCAGUCACAGGUCAUGAGGGUACUGUGCAAUGCUGUUGUGAAUGUACAGGGUUCUUGCAGGUAAAAGUUAAAGAAAUUUUAAAAAAAUUUAAGACUCGUACUUUAUAAGACCUGGAGCUACUUGUCGCUGAAUACACACUUCAUGAUAAUGUGUAGGCCUACUUGUCAUGUCAGUGACCAAGAUAAAAAUUCUUGUGACGAUUAUGUAGCCUCUAGGAUAGAUUGCACACCAGAUGCAUUUAUUUAUUUUUUGCAAAUGGAGCUUAAGUAAAUAGUCACAUCAAUCAGCAAAGGUCAAGGUCAAAUGUUGUGGACAAAUUAUUUCCAAUCAAGCACUGUAGCGCUUUACUAGUGAGUGAAUCACGACGGCUUCCACCAGUAAAAGAUACAUGUACAUUUUUUCGUGAACAAACGAGCCUUUGGCAAAAUCAAGACAUUUUAUGAUCUGCGACAGUAAAAGUUCUAUUUUUUUAAGACAUUUUAAGACUUUCUAAGGAUGCAUGGGAACCCGUGAUGUAGAGGAACUAUUAUAUCGGUGGUUGAGGCACAAUUCGAAAUGGGUGAGAACAUAACCAUAAGAUUUGUACAUAAAGGUAUUCUGUAUUACAAGGUAAUUAUAAAUACAUUUUUUGUGCUUAAA